GGUGCUAAAUGCUAAUUGGUUUGAACGAAGUUCUCAGGAGGACCACAUAGAUAGAGAGACCUGGUUAUUUCUGUUUUCUCUCUCCUCCCCUGUCUUUCAUUUCUCUCUGCAUUUCCUCUCCUUUCUCUCUUUACAUUUUCGUACAUUCAUUAUGAUCAUUUUGAUAAGGAUCUCCACUUACAAAUUGAUAUGAUUCGAAAUCGAAAUGAAUGUAGAAGAAGCAUUUGUGUGAACAACCAUCAAAAUUGAAAUAUUGGUUCAUAUAGUCGAUUUCGAUCCUUUGUGAAUUGUGAUAGGUUCUAGUAUUAUUGUUGUUGUUGAUAGAGGCGGUAACUUUUCGUUAGGAUCUCUUUUGUUUUUAAAAUUUGAAUUUUGGUCUUUGUUUCGAAUUUCUUUGGCAAGGAUUUCAAGAAUUCAAGCAUUGUAAUUAUUGCAGGAAUCGGAAUUGGUUCAUAUUAGCAAAUAUGCUGUUUGAGCACAGGGGAAUUCUAGCUGGAAUUAAAAGGGUUAGAUCCCUGGAUUGUAAAUUGCUUUGAGUAAGGUGCCUCAGCUGAAACUUGUUUGAAUAAGAAAGAUUAAGAUAUGGCAAAGGGUAAGAUUAGGGGGAAGAUUCGUAGGAGUCAUCUCUACACAUUUGCUUGUGGCAGGCCUCAUCCAGGUAAGAAUCAGGAUCUGAGCUCAUUGCCUGAUGGACCUGGCUUUUCGCGAAUCAUAUACUGCAACCGAUCUGAUCUUCACCGUAGAAAGCCUCUUAGAUAUCGAGCUAAUAACAUAUCGACUACCAAGUACAACAUCAUCACUUUUCUUCCAAAGGGUCUAUUUGAGCAAUUUCGUCGUGCUGCCAAUAUGUACUUUCUCUUGGCUGCUUGUCUAUCUUUCACCUCAGUUUCACCCUUUGGUUAUGUUAGUAUGAUUGCUCCUUUGUCCAUUGUGGUUGGGCUUACUAUGGCUAAGGAAGGUAUUGAGGAUUGGCGUAGGUUUAUUCAAGAUAUGAAGGUUAACAGUCGAAAAGUUAGUGUUCACAAAGGUGAUGGCAUUUUUAAGGAUACACAAUGGCAGAAGGUUUGUGUAGGAGAUGUGGUGAAAGUGAAGAAGGAUGAAUUUUUCCCGGCAGAUUUAUUGCUUCUGUCUUCGAGUUAUGAGGACGGUAUUUGUUAUGUUGAGACUAUGAAUUUAGAUGGUGAGACUAACUUGAAAGUAAAGAGAGCUAUAGAAGUAACCUUACCACUUGAUGAUGACACCUCAUUCAAGGAGUUCAAGGGAACAAUCAAAUGUGAGGACCCAAACCCAAAUCUUUACACCUUUGUGGGUAAUCUGGAGUAUGAGCGUGAGAUUUUCCCUAUUGAGCCAAAUCAGAUUCUUCUAAGGGACUCAAAGCUAAGAAACACUGCUUAUGUGUAUGGAGUUGUUAUUUUUACGGGACAUGAUAGCAAAGUGAUGCAAAAUGCGACAGAAUCCCCUUCAAAAAGAAGUGGGAUUGAAAAGAAAAUGGACCAUAUCAUUUACAUUCUUUUCUCGGUGCUUGUGUUGAUCUCCUUGGCUAGCUCUGUUGGAUUUUCUGUGAGGACCAAGUAUGAAAUGCCAGAAUGGUGGUAUUUGAGAGCACCCGAUUCUCAGGGCUUGUAUAAUCCUAAUAAACCGGCAUUAUCUGGUCUUUUCCAUCUUAUCACUGCACUCAUUCUUUAUGGGUACCUAAUUCCAAUCUCACUGUAUGUUUCCAUAGAGUUUGUAAAGUUUCUGCAAGCCAUCUUUAUUGACCAGGAUAUACACAUGUAUGAUGAAGAGUCAGGUACACCAGCACAAGCUAGGACAUCAAAUUUAAACGAGGAAUUGGGCCAAGUCGAUACAAUUCUGUCUGAUAAAACUGGUACUUUGACAUGCAAUCAAAUGGACUUUCUCAAGUGUUCUAUUGCUGGCGUUGCAUAUGGGACUCGUUCAAGUGAAGUUGAACUCGCUGCAGCUAAACAGUUGGCUCAGGAUCUAGAUAAUCAGACUCUGGAAAAUACUAUAUUCAGAAGAUCAGAAAUUGAGUUGGAAACUGUAAUAACUACAGGAGAUGAGAGAGACCUUAAGCCUGUGAUCAAAGGAUUCAGCUUUGAAGAUGAUAAGCUUCUUGGUGGAAAAUGGGUAAAUGAGCCUAAUAGGGAGAUGUUGUUGUUGUAUUUCCGCAUUUUGGCAGUCUGUCAUACUGCUAUCCCAGAACUGAAUGAAGAGACUGGCAAUUACACUUAUGAAGCAGAAUCUCCAGAUGAAGCUGCCUUUCUUGCUGCUGCCAGAGAAUUCGGUUUUGAAUUUGUCAAAAGAACCCAAUCAACUGUUGUUGUUCGGGAGAGAUACCCUAACUAUGGGCAACCUGUUGAAAGGGAGUAUAAAAUUCUUUCACUAUUGGAUUUCACAAGUAAGAGAAAGCGGAUGUCUGUAAUUGUGCGUGAUGAAGAUGACCAGAUUCUUCUCUUCUGCAAAGGAGCAGACAGUAUAAUUUUUGAUCGGCUUUCAAAGAAUGGAAAAACAUAUCUGGAAGACACUACAAGGCAUCUGAAUGAUUAUGGAGAUAAUGGGUUGCGUACAUUAGCCCUUGCUUAUAAAAAACUUGACGAGUCUGAAUUUUCUGCUUGGAACAAUGAGUUCAUGAAAGCAAAGAGCUCCAUUGGGGGUGAUAGGGAAGCUAAUCUGGAACGGAUUUCAGACAUUAUGGAGAAAGAUUUAAUUCUUAUUGGCGCCACUGCUGUUGAAGACAAGCUGCAGAAUGGGGUGCCUGAAUGCAUUGAUAAACUUGCCCAAGCUGGUCUCAAGCUCUGGGUUCUCACCGGUGAUAAAAUGGAAACUGCUAUUAAUAUUGGCUUUUCAUGCAGUCUUCUACGUCAGGGCAUGAAACAAAUAUGUAUAUCAACCAUGAACUUUGAAGGGACCUCCAAUGACUCUAGAGAGGCUAUCAAAGAGAAUGUUUCACUACAAAUCACCAACGCGUCUCAGAUGAUUAAGCUUGAAAAAGAUCCACAUGCUGCGUUUGCCUUGAUUAUUGAUGGGAAAGGCUUGACCUAUGCUCUAGAAGAUGAUAUGAAGUACGACUUCUUGAGUCUAGCUGUUGAGUGUGCAUCUGUUAUAUGCUGUCGUGUUUCUCCCAAGCAAAAGGCAUUGGUGACUAGGUUGGUCAAAGAAGGGACGAGGAAAACCACAUUGGCCAUUGGUGAUGGUGCGAAUGAUGUUGGAAUGAUUCAAGAAGCUGAUAUAGGUAUUGGAAUUAGUGGGGCUGAAGGUAUGCAGGCUGUGAUGGCGAGUGAUUUUUCCAUUGCACAGUUUCGGUUUCUGGAAAGAUUGUUGCUAGUACACGGACAUUGGUGUUACAAGAGAAUCGCUCAGAUGAUUUGCUACUUCUUCUACAAGAAUAUCGCUUUUGGUCUCACACUCUUUUACUUUGAGGCCUUUGCUGGCUUUUCUGGGCAAACUAUCUAUGAUGAUUGGUAUUCUCUUUCCUUCAAUGUAAUACUCACCUCAUUGCCCGUCCUUUCUCUUGGAGUUUUUGAGCAGGAUGUAUCUUCAGACGUUUGUUUGGAGUUCCCUGCGCUCUAUCAGCAAGGCCCAAGAAACCUGUAUUUUGACUGGUAUAGGAUAUUUGGGUGCAUGGCGAAUGGUUUUUACACCUCGGUUGUAAUAUUCUUCUUCAACAUCAUCAUCUUCUACAAUCAAGCAUUCCGUUCUGGAGGCCAGACUGCUGACUUGUCAGCGGUAGGGACCAUCAUGUUCACCGGUAUCAUAUGGGCUGUUAAUGUUCAGAUUUCCCUCACAAUGAGCCAUUUUACGUGGAUUCAACACUUGCUCGUAUGGGGUAGCAUCGGAAUGUGGUAUGUUUUCCUCCUGAUCUAUGGUGCAAUGCCUUCAACAGUCUCCGGGAAUGCUCAUUCGCUGCUAGUCGAGGCCCUAGCCCCUGCACCCAUAUACUGGGCGACUACUCUCUUGGUCACAAUAGCUUGUGUUCUCCCGUAUUUUGCCCACAUUGUGUUUCAACAAACUUUCAACCCUCUGGAUCACCAUAUAAUCCAAGAGAUCAAGUACUACAAGAAGGAUGUCGAAGAUCAAACUAUGUGGGUCAGAGAACAAUCGAAGGCAAGGCAAACAACCAAGAUCGGUUUUACUGCUCGGGUAGAAGCCAAGAUCCGACAGUUGAAAACCCGACUCAACAAAAAGCACUCCGGAACUACUACCGUCUAUCAAUCUCCUGUAUCAUAAUUCAUAUUUCAUUUCUUCUUUGGCUUUAAUACUUUCCCCAUUUUGGUAGGUCUUAGGGGUUUGGUUUGGUUUUGUUUCCCAUAAUUUGUUUGAUCCAUUUUUUAGGAAUUUGUAGUCCCUAAUAAACAAGAGCUUUUGUGAAGCUCAGUUGUAUGUUACAGCUUGUGAAUUACUUGAUUUAGAUGUAUGCCUUUGUUCCAAUCACUGUA